AUGUAUCUAUCUAUCUAUCUAUCUAUCUAUCUAUCUAUCUAUCUAUCUAUCUAUCAAUUUGUUGUGUUAUGCCAUGGUUUAAUCCUUAACAAGAUAGUUUGGCCGACUAUGACAGCUGUCUCUGUCAUGCUCGAUUUCCAACACAACACAAAUGAAAUGCGUCAUUUGCUUCAUUUGAUUUCGCUUACUAUUUUUUCUCAUCUUUUACUCUUUCUCUUCUCUUUCAUUAUUGCUUGUCCGUUAAUAUUUCGGCACUCCCCCUAUUUUUCCCAGCGCCAUCUUCUUGUGACCCCGACUUUCCCGGUUGCUUUAUUUCGCUACACUUGUAUGCAACACAAUUCAUUGCCAAUUACUAAUGGCUGCUGGCGGAGUGAUUUCACGGUGGUAAUUAGUCGUCGCUAUUCGACCGGAAGUGCUUCCACCGAAGGUGAGAGGCGGGCUGCAGCCAUUAAUAGCCCCAAUUAUAACUGA